AUGGAAGCAUCGUCGCUGCAGGUUUGUUUCGGAGCCCUUUGCCCCGCUGCUGUUGCCCAGCACUUUCGUGAAAUCUUUCAAGCUGACCAGCAUGUGCAGGAUCGCUUACGCGAUUACUCAAAGUCUUUUGAUGGCCUCUUGAGUCUAAUCGAUGCCAAAACAUACUACGGAGAAGAUACAGCCGAUCAAUGGAAAAGAAAGAAGCAGACAAAGAAGGAGGCCGCCGCCGCCCGAAGGGGAAAGCUGGACCCGGACAGCGAGCUGAACCGGAAUGCCAAGGAAGUUAUGGACGAGCGAGCCAAAAACAAACGAAAACUAAGACAGAUGGAGGAGCAAGCCGAUGAUGACGAGGACGAGAACGAGGAUGAAAACAAGAAUGAAAGCGACUCGGAUGACGACUCGUUUCAAGCGAUCAAUGGCAUAAUGACCGAAAAGCCCGGCGAAGGAUUGAAAAGGAAGCCUGAAGAGAGCAACAAGAGGCCGAAAUUGGCCAAGGACGACGAGCACGGAACGGACACCUUGGAAACAGCGGAAGGGACGCCCAAGCUGUCCAAGAAGGAUGCAAAGCGAGAAGCUAAGCGAGAAAAGAGGGCUGAGAAGAAAGCCGAGAAAAAGUCCCUGAAGCAGAAUGCUGUCGAGACCUCCAUCCAGAAUGCUAAUGCGACCGAGUCCACCCAACAUAAGAACGAGGCGCAAUUCGAAGGCCCAUUGAGCGAGGCCAAAGACGAUGUUGUUGAAGUGGCUUCAAGAUCCGAAUCCGAGCCGCAAUCACCCACAUUCGACACGACUGAUCCGUCAAACUCAUUAAACGAUGCCUCGGCCGAGCAAGCCAGCACCACCACUUCUGUCUCCUCUACCAUUCCUCCAUCGGAAAAGCCCAAGCAUAUCAAGCUUCCUGCUGACACAACUGCGCUGCGAGCACGACUUGCUGCUAAAAUCGAGGCGCUGAGAGCUGCCAGAAAGGCAGAUGGUCCGGACGGCAAGCCUAUUAGAACUCGACAGGAGCUCAUCGAAUCAAGACGGGCCAAGCAAGAGCAGCGAAAACAACGUAAACUCGAACUUCGGAAGCAAGCUAAGCUCGAAGACGCAAGAAAACGAGAAGAAGCUCUGGCUUCCAACUCGCCUAGUGUCAUGAGUCCUGCAGUCGAGCUAGAUGAGGGUGCGGGUAGUUUCUCCUUUGGUCGGGUUGCCUUUGGAGAUGGGUCGCAGAUGUCGCAUGAUCUUAGCUAUGUGCUGAGCCAGGGAAAGAAGAAGGGCCCAUCCGAUGCCAAGACGGCGCUGCUCAAGGUACAGAACCAAAAGAAGAGGUUGCAAGAAUUGGGCGCAGAAAAACAAGCCGACGUGGCAGAGAAGGAGGCUUGGUUGACGGCUCGACGCAGAGUCGAGGGUGAAAAGAUCCGAGAUGAUGAGGCUAUCCUAAAGAAGACAGUGAAGCGUAAGGAAGCAGCCAAGAAGAAGAGCGAGAAGGCAUGGACAGAACGCGCCAAGGGCGUGCAGCAGGCACAGAAAGAAAGACAAAAGAAGCGUGAAGAGAACAUCAAGCAGCGCAGGGAAGAGAAGCUACUCGGCAAGGCUGGAAAAAAGAAGGGCGGCGCCAAGAAGAAGAAGGGUGGACGACCCGGAUUUGAAGGCAGCCUGGGAGUCGGUGGUCGCCGAAAGUAA